CCAGUCUUUGCCUUUUAAGGGCUGACUGGAGUGGCUGUGCCCACGAUGCCCUGAAUGCCGAGCGCAGCAGAAGCAGAGGAGACUGUGUCCCGUUAGCUGCUGCUCCCUCCCUCCCUCAUCCCUUUAGUUUGGGUUUGUUUCUAUUUAUUUUGUGGCUGGGUUUGGGCAUGGCCUUGGCUGGGUGUGAGGCUGCUGCAAUGUGGCUCCUUUGGCUCAAGCACCACUUGUCCAUCAACGUUUGGACCUUGCUGCUCUUGGGGAGCACCUGGCUACCGCUGGCGGAAGGCAGCCCCAAGUCUCCCUUUAGGACAUUCCCGGUUACAGACUGGAGCUUGACGCACUUGGUGGUCCACAACAAAACUGGGGAGGUCUACGUGGGGGCUGUCAAUCGGAUCUACAAGCUCUCCAAUAACCUCACACUGCUGCGGACCCACGUGACGGGGCCCGUGGAGGACAAUGAGAAGUGUUACCCUCCGCCCAGCGUUCAGUCCUGCCCGCACGGGCUGGUCACCACCAACAACGUGAACAAACUGCUUCUGGUGGACUACUCGGGGAACCGGCUGAUCGCCUGUGGCAGUGCCUCCCAGGGUAUUUGCCAGUUCCUGCGACUGGACGACCUCUUCAAGUUGGGUGAGCCCCACCACCGCAAGGAGCACUACCUCUCCAGCGUCAACGAGUCAGGCACCAUGUCUGGGGUCAUCAUUGAGGUGCUGAAUGGGCAGAACAAGCUCUUCAUUGGGACGCCCAUCGAUGGGAAGUCGGAGUACUUCCCCACCCUCUCCAGCCGCAAGCUGAUGGCCAACGAGGAGAACGCAGAGAUGUUUGGCUUUGUCUACCAGGAUGAGUUUGUCUCCUCCCAGCUCAAGAUCCCCUCGGAUACGCUCUCCAAGUUCCCCACCUUCGACAUCUACUACAUCUACAGCUUCAGCAGCGAGCAGUUUGUUUACUACCUGACCCUGCAGCUGGACACCCAGCUCACCUCGCCCGACUCCACUGGGGAGCAGUUUUUCACCUCCAAGAUCGUCCGCCUCUGCGUGGAUGACCCCAAGUUCUACUCCUACGUGGAGUUCCCCAUCGGCUGCGUGCAGGACGGCAUCGAGUACCGCCUGAUCCAGGACGCCUACCUGACCAAACCUGGCAAGGCUUUGGCCAAGUACCUGGGCAUCUCGGAGCAGGAGGAUAUCCUCUUCACCAUCUUUUCCCAGGGCCAGAAAAACAGGGUUAAGCCUCCCAAGGAGUCUGUGCUCUGCCUCUUCACGUUGAAGAAGAUCAAGGAUAAGAUCAAGGAGCGUAUCCAGUCGUGCUACAGAGGGGAAGGGAAACUCUCGCUGCCCUGGCUCUUGAAUAAGGAGCUGGGCUGCAUCAACUCGCCACUGCAGAUCGACGACAAUUUCUGUGGCCAGGAUUUUAACCAGCCGCUGGGUGGGACAGUCACCAUCGAGGGGACGCCGCUCUUUGUGGAUAAGGAGGAUGGGAUGACCUCGGUGGCUGCCUACGACUACAGGGGACAAACCGUCGUCUUUGCGGGCACGCGGAGCGGGAAGAUCAAAAAGAUCCUGGUGGAUUUGCAGGCUGAGAGGAAGCACCAGGCACUGCAGUACGAGAAUGUCGUGGCCCACGAGGGCAGCUCCAUCCUGCGAGACCUGGUGCUGAGCCCCGACCGCCAGCACAUCUACGCUAUGACCGAGAAGCAGGUGACGCGGGUGCCGGUGGAGAGCUGCGAGCAGUACGAGAGCUGCGAGCUGUGCCUGGGCUCCCGGGACCCCCACUGCGGCUGGUGCGUCCUCCACAACAUAUGCUCGCGCAAGGACCGGUGUGAGCGGGCGGACGAGCCCCAGCGUUUCGCCUCCGACCUGCGGCAGUGCGUCCAGCUCACCGUCCAGCCCAGGAACAUCUCGGUCACCAUGUCCGAGGUCCCACUGGUCCUGCAGGCCUGGAAUGUCCCAGACCUCUCGGCAGGAGUGAACUGCUCCUUUGAAGACUUCACUGAGUCCGAGAGCCGCAUCGAAGAUGGGAAGAUCUACUGCAGCUCUCCCUCGGCCAAGGAUGUCAUCCCCAUCACCCGGGGCCGCGGGGACAAGCGAGUGGUGAAGCUCUACCUGAAAUCUAAGGAGACGGGGAAGAAGUUUGCCUCUGUGGAUUUUGUUUUCUACAACUGCAGUGUCCAUCAAUCCUGCCUGUCCUGUGUGAACGGCUCCUUCCCCUGCCACUGGUGCAAGUACCGCCACAUCUGCACCCACAACGCCGCCGACUGCUCCUUCCUGGAGGGACGCGUCAAGCUCUCGGAGGACUGUCCCCAGAUCCUGCCCUCCACCCAGAUCUACAUCCCCGUGGGCGUGGUGAAGCCCAUCACCCUGACAGCCAAGAACCUGCCCCAGCCGCAGUCGGGCCAACGCAACUACGAGUGCAUCUUCCACAUCCCCGGCAGCACCACCCGCGUCACCGCCCUGCGCUUCAACAGCACCAGCAUCCAGUGCCAGAACACCUCGUAUUUCUACGAAGGGAACGACAUCAGCGACCUGCCAGUCAACUUGUCCGUGGUCUGGAACGGGAACUUCGUUAUCGACAACCCCCAGAACAUCCAGGCCCACCUGUACAAGUGCUCGGCGCUGCGGGAGAGCUGCGGGCUGUGCCUCAAGGCCGACCCGCGCUUCGAGUGCGGCUGGUGCGUGUCGGAGAAGCGCUGCUUGCUGCGGCAGCACUGCCUGGCCUACGAGAGCAGCUGGAUGCACGCCAGCAGCGGCAACAGCCGCUGCACCGACCCCAAGAUCACCAAGCUGUCCCCUGAGACUGGCCCCAGGCAAGGAGGGACCCGUCUGACCAUCACCGGCGAGAACCUGGGCCUGAAGUUUGAAGACGUUCGCUGGGGCGUCCGAGUCGGCAAAGUGAUCUGCAUCCCCAUCGAGAGCGAGUACAUCAGCGCCGAGCAGAUCGUGUGUGAAAUCGGCGAUGCCAGCCCCAGCAAGGUCCACGAGGCGCGGGUGGAAGUGUGCAUCCGCAACUGCUCGCCCAGCUACCGGGCCGUGUCCCCCAAGAGCUUCACCUUCGUGACACCCACUUUCUCCCGCGUGGUCCCAGCCCGGGGUCCCCUCUCCGGCGGCACCUGGAUCGCCAUCGAAGGCAGCCACCUCAACGCUGGCAGCAACGUCUCCGUGACCAUCGGGGGACGGCCCUGCGCUUUUUCAUGGAGAAGCGCCCGCGAGAUCCGGUGCAGGACCCCCCCUGGACACACCCCCGGCGGCUCCCCCAUCCUCAUCAACAUCAACCGGGCAGAGCUGAGCAACCCGGAGGUGAAGUACAACUACACGGAGGACCCCACCAUCCAGAAAAUUGAUCCUGAGUGGAGCAUCAACAGCGGUGGGACGCUGCUGACCGUCACCGGCACCAACCUGGCCACCAUCAAAGAGCCCAGGAUCCGCGCCAAGUACUGCAGCUCUGAGAGGGAGAAUAACUGCACCGUCUACAACGACACCACCAUGGUGUGCUACGCGCCCUCCAUCGACAACCCCGUGCGGAGCCCUCCGGAAGUCGGCGACCGCCCCGAUGAGAUCGGCUUUGUCAUGGAUAACGUCCAGGCCCUGCUGAUCAUCAACACCACCAACUUCAUCUACUACCCAGACCCUGUCUUUGAGCCCCUCAGCCCCACGGGGAUGCUGGAGCUGAAGCCCAGCUCCCCCCUCAUUCUCAAGGGCAGGAACCUGCUUCCUCCGGCUGCUGGUAACUCCCGCCUGAACUACACGGUGCUGAUCGGAGACACUCCCUGCACCCUGACCGUCUCCGAGACCCAGCUCCUCUGCGAGUCCCCCAACCUCACCGGCCAGCACAAAGUCACCAUCAAGGCUGGAGGGUUCGAGUUCUCCCCGGGGACGCUGCAGAUCUACUCGGACAGCCUGCUCACCCUGCCCGCCAUCAUCGGCAUCGGCGGCGGGGGAGGGCUGCUCCUCCUCAUCAUCAUCAUCGUCCUCAUCGCCUACAAGCGCAAGUCCCGGGAUGCCGACCGGACCCUGAAACGCCUCCAGCUGCAGAUGGACAACCUGGAGUCCCGGGUGGCCCUGGAGUGCAAAGAAGCCUUUGCUGAGCUGCAGACCGACAUUAACGAGCUGACCAACGACCUGGACGGGGCUGGCAUCCCCUUUCUGGAUUACCGCACCUACGCCAUGCGGGUUCUCUUCCCCGGGAUAGAAGAUCACCCCGUGCUGAAGGAGAUGGAGGUCCAGGCGAAUGUGGAGAAGUCCUUGACUCUCUUCGGGCAGCUCCUGAACAAGAAGCACUUCUUGCUGACCUUCAUCCGCACUCUGGAGGCUCAGCGGAGCUUCUCCAUGCGGGACCGCGGCAACGUGGCCUCCCUCAUCAUGACAGCGCUGCAGGGCGAGAUGGAGUACGCCACCGGCGUGCUGAAGCAGCUCCUCUCCGACCUCAUUGAGAAGAACCUGGAGAGUAAGAACCACCCCAAGCUGCUCUUGCGGAGGACGGAGUCGGUGGCAGAGAAGAUGCUGACGAAUUGGUUCACGUUUCUGCUGUACAAGUUUCUGAAGGUGAGUUUGGGAAGGGCUGGCAACCCCGCGUGGGCAGGGAGGCGGUUCAAGCCUUGCUGGGACAGGCAGCGUGAUAAAGAGGGUUUGAACCGUUUCCAGCCAAGAGAUGAGAGCGAGCAGGAGUCUGUGCAGAACUCAAGUGAUCGUCAACGAGAGACCCUCAACUGCGUGAACCCCGAGAACGAGAACGCCCCGGAGAUCCCUGUCAAGGUGCUGAACUGCGACACCAUCACGCAGGUGAAAGAGAAGCUGCUGGACGCUGUCUACAAGGGGGUGCCCUACUCCCAGCGACCCAAAGCGGGAGACAUGGACCUGGAGUGGCGGCAGGGCAGGAUGGCCCGGAUCAUACUGCAGGAUGAAGAUGUCACGACAAAGAUUGAUAAUGACUGGAAGAGGCUAAACACCUUGGCUCACUACCAGGUGACGGAUGGCUCCUCGGUAGCCCUGGUGCCCAAGCAGAACUCGGCAUACAACAUCUCCAACUCCUCCACCUUCACCAAGUCCCUCAGCAGAUACGAGAGCAUGCUGCGGACCGCCAGCAGCCCCGACAGCCUGCGCUCACGGACCCCCAUGAUCACCCCCGACCUGGAGAGCGGCACCAAGCUCUGGCACCUGGUGAAAAACCACGACCACAUGGACCAGCGGGAGGGCGACCGGGGCAGCAAGAUGGUCUCCGAAAUCUACCUGACCCGCCUGUUGGCCACCAAGGGCACCCUGCAGAAAUUCGUGGAUGACCUGUUCGAGACCAUCUUCAGCACAGCGCAUCGUGGGAGCGCUCUGCCCCUUGCCAUCAAAUACAUGUUUGAUUUCCUGGAUGAACAAGCUGAUAAGCAUCAGAUCAAUGAUUACGAUGUCAGGCACACCUGGAAGAGUAACUGUCUACCUCUACGUUUUUGGGUGAAUGUGAUUAAGAACCCCCAGUUUGUGUUCGACAUUCACAAGAACAGUAUUACUGAUGCCUGCCUAUCCGUGGUGGCUCAGACAUUCAUGGACUCCUGCUCAACUUCUGAGCACAAGCUAGGAAAAGACUCUCCUUCCAACAAACUACUGUACGCCAAGGACAUCCCCAACUACAAGAGCUGGGUAGAAAGAUAUUAUGCAGAUAUAGCUAAAAUGCCAGCGAUCAGCGACCAGGACAUGAGCGCGUACCUGGCGGAGCAGUCACGGUUACACCUCAGCCAGUUCAACAGUAUGAGUGCACUGCACGAGAUCUACUCCUACAUCACCAAGUACAAGGACGAGAUUUUGGCCGCGUUGGAGAAGGACGAGCAGGCCCGGAGGCAGCGGCUGAGGAGUAAGCUGGAGCAGGCGAUCGACACAAUGGCCUUAAGCAGCUGAGAAGGCGUCGGCGAGGUGCCAGCACCCCGGGAGGGAGGCGGCAGGAGGGAGA